GGCUAGGCCCGAAUGUCGUUAGCCGUGGGGAAAGAUGGCGGAAAAUUUAAAAGGCUGCACUGUGUGUUGCAAGUCUUCUUGGAAUCAGCUGCAGGACCUGUGUCGCCUGGCCAAGCUCUCCUGCCCUGCCCUCGGCAUCUCUAAGAGGAAUCUGUAUGACUUUGAAGUUGAAUACCUGUGCGAUUACAAGAAGAUCCGCGAACAGGAAUAUUACCUGGUAAAGUGGCGUGGAUAUCCAGACUCAGAGAGCACUUGGGAGCCACGGCAGAAUCUCAAGUGUGUGCGCAUUCUCAAGCAGUUCCACAAGGACUUAGAAAGAGAGCUGCUCCGGAGGCACCACCGGUCAAAGCCACCCCGGCACCUGGACCCAAGCUUGGCCAACUACCUGGUACAGAAGGCCAAGCAGAGGCGGGCGCUGCGACGCUGGGAGCAGGAGCUCAAUGCCAAGCGCAGCCAUCUGGGACGCAUCACUGUGGAAAAUGAGGUGGACCUGGACGGCCCCCCGCGGGCCUUCGUGUACAUCAAUGAGUACCGUGUUGGCGAGGGCAUCACCCUCAACCAGGUGGCUGUGGGCUGUGAGUGCCAGGACUGUCUGUGGGCACCCGCUGGAGGCUGCUGCCCUGGGGCAUCACUGCACAAGUUCGCCUACAAUGACCAGGGCCAGGUGCGGCUGCGAGCUGGGCUGCCCAUCUAUGAGUGCAACUCCCGCUGCCGCUGCGGCUAUGAGUGCCCCAACCGUGUGGUACAGAAGGGCAUCCGCUAUGACCUCUGCAUCUUCCGCACAGAUGAUGGGCGUGGCUGGGGCGUCCGUACGCUGGAGAAGAUCCGCAAGAACAGCUUCGUCAUGGAGUACGUGGGAGAGAUCAUUACCUCAGAGGAGGCGGAGCGGAGGGGCCAGAUCUACGACCGCCAGGGUGCCACCUACCUCUUCGACCUGGACUACGUGGAGGAUGUGUACACCGUGGAUGCCGCCUACUAUGGCAACAUCUCCCACUUUGUCAACCACAGUUGUGACCCCAACCUGCAGGUGUACAACGUCUUCAUAGACAACCUUGAUGAGCGGCUGCCCCGCAUCGCUUUCUUUGCCACAAGAACCAUCCGGGCAGGCGAGGAACUCACCUUUGAUUACAACAUGCAAGUGGACCCCGUGGACAUGGAGAGCACCCGCAUGGACUCCAACUUUGGCCUGGCUGGGCUCCCUGGCUCCCCCAAGAAGCGGGUCCGUAUUGAAUGCAAGUGUGGGACUGAAUCCUGCCGCAAAUACCUCUUCUAGCCCUUAGAAGUCUGAGGCCAGACUGACUAAGGAGGCCUGAAGCCGCCUGCCCUCCCCCACUGCUGCCCUCCUGUUGAGGAAUGACUGCCAGGGCCUCCGCCUGCCCCACCUGCUCCCACCUGCUCCGCGUUCAGAGCUGCAGCUGCGGGGAGGACCGACCUCCAGGAGGCCCCUUUUCCCUGUCCCAGCCCCAUCCGUGGGUUGCACUUACAAAUCCCUGCCCACCUUCAGAAGCAAUCUUUAGACAUCAGAGCUUUCUGCAGUUGGGGUUCAUGGCCAGUCAAGGAGGUCCAAGGGGUAAGCCCCACCCCAGAAUAGAAAGUUGUUUGUUUUUGCACCUGCUUCUGCCUGGAGCUUGAGGGGUCUGUUGCAGGCCUCCUCCCUGCUGCCCCAAGGGUACAGGGAAGCAACCCCAGGGCAGGCAGACAUCCGAGCCAGAGGUCCCAGCCCGACCACAGCAGUGCUGUACUAGUGAAAGAAGGGUGGGUCUCUGCUUGUGCUUACAGUGCUGGCAAAUGUUGGCCCUGAGAGCUCAGGGCUGCACAUCUGAGAAGUGGAUGCCCACCUGCCACCAGAAGGGGGUGGAUGCCUGUGGCCCACUGACUAGUGAGAGGAAGGCAGUCCAGACUUUGCCAGUCCUGCAUUGGGCUGGGAUGGAGCCCUGCCUUCAGGAAGUGCAGGGAAGGGACCCGGGGCUCUCAGGGGCUCUGACAGGGCUGGGAGCCCUGACCUAGGUGUGAGGACUGCUGGGACUACUCAGAGCUGGAAUCAAGACCUAGAUAGUCCGUAGAUAGCACUUAGGACAAUAAAAUAAUGCACAUUGACGGGAUGCUGAUGAGGCACCAGGCACUGGGUAGAGCACCUGGUCCACGUGGAUUGUCUCAGGGAAGCCUUGAAAACCACAGAGGUGGAUGCCAGGAAAGGGCAAAAGGUGAAGUAUAUGCCAAGAAUGGGGGGGGGGGGCGCGCGCUUACCCACUAGGGGAUGGUGAAGUGAGAGGUGAGCUCCUGCUGCCUGCCAGCCCCAGACCCCAGCCCUUUGCACUCAUCCCAGGUCCACUGGUCUCAAGAGUUACCUGCCUACAAAUGUACAAAAGGCAAAGGUUCUGAUGGCUGCCUCGCCCUUUGCUCCCUCACCCCUGUGAGGUCUCUAGGAAGCCUUUCCUGACUACCUGUGCCCAGAGUGCCCCUAUGUGAGACUACAUGCCCUGCUACCAGAUGCCAGAUCUAUUUGUCCGUUUGUGUGUCCGUCCCGGCCUCCCCCCCCACCCCCCAGACCUUCAGGCAUGGACUGAAUCUGGUUCUCCUCUUGU